UUCUCGCAGCCAGUCAGCCGCUGUGACACCAUCCUCCAGCACUUCCUCCACACGGGUAACGCCCGCUCCUGCUGCUCCUGCAGCCACCACGGCUACAGCCACAGCCACAGCCACAAGUCCUAGCCCUGCUCCGAGCUCGGGAAACGGGACCAGCACAGCAACAAGCCCUACCCAACCCAUCCAGCUGAGUGAUCUUCAGACCAUCUUAGCAACUAUGAAUGUACCAGCCGGAACAGGAGGGCCGCAAGUUGACCUGUCCAGUGUGCUUACUCCGGAAAUCAUGGCACCCAUUCUGGCCAACACGGAAGUCCAAGAACGUUUGCUGCCUUACCUUCCUUCGGGGGAAUCUCUGCCGCAAACAGCAGAGGAGAUUCAAAACACGCUCACCUCUCCACAGUUCCAUCAGGCGUUGAGCAUGUUCAGUGCUGCCUUGGCUUCUGGGCAGCUGGGACCCCUGAUGAGCCAAUUUGGCUUACCAGCCGAGGCCAUAGACGCAGCAAAUAAAGGCGACGUAGAGGCGUUUGCAAAAGCCAUGCAGAACAACGUCAAAUCCGACCAAAAGGAAGGAGAAGCAAAGGAAAAGAAGGACGAAGAGGAAGACAUGAGUUUAGAUUAGGUUUCUUAAUUGUGUCUGAAUGAUACUCCUAGAUAUUAACUUUUAAGUAGAAUCCCUAACUGACUCCAUGUAUUGAAUCUACAAGUAAAGGAUCUCAUUCCCAAAAUUAUUUCUGAAAAUAACUCCCCCCCCCCCUUUCUUGCUAUAACCCAGGCAGCUGUUUAGCCUUAAGACACCACUUGUCCCUAGGAAAGAUUUGAUUGGACUAAAUGAAAUCUUGCAUCCAGUAAAACUGUAGCUUUUACGUUUGAAGGGUUAACCUACAUCUAUUAGUUUAUAUAUAUUUUUUAUAUUUAGCUAAUUGCACCUGGGUGUGUCUAUAUUUGGUGGAAUAUUUGACUUCUUGCCUUCAUUAAAAGAUUUGAGGGGCU